AUGUUCGAGGCAAAUAACGGCAGUUCUGUGGAUACCCAAUUGCUUAUCAAGGCUCGCGAUGAAUAUCGAGUCAAGCUCGUUCCCAUUACAGUCCAGCACAAGGAUAAUAAAGAUAAUACCUGGGCUGAUUCAUACACAAAGCUCCUCGCUUUUAAUCAGACCCAAUACAGCCGCGUGCUUUCUAUCGAUUCUGAUUCCACGCUCUUGCAAAACAUGGAUGAACUAUUCCUUUCGCCCCCAGCACCAGUAGCUAUGCCAAGAGCUUACUGGCUGUUUCCUGAGAAGGAGAUCCUCUCAUCUCAGGUAAUACUUCUCCAACCUUCAGAAAAGGAAUUUGCUCGCAUUAUGGCCAAGGUGGACUCUGCCUCUGAGAACGACUUUGAUAUGGAGAUUGUGAACUACCUGUAUCGCGAGAGUGCUCUUGUCCUCCCGCAUCGUCCCUAUGACUUGCUAACGGGCGAGUUCCGUGCAAACGAUCACAAGAGGUAUCUCGGCUCUGACACUGAGCCUUGGGAUCCCGCCACUGUCUACAACGAAGCCAAACUCGUCCAUUUUUCGGACUGGCCGGUUUCCAAGCCAUGGAUACAAACGGAUGAGGAACUUCGCCUCCAGUCACAACCCAACUGCACAACUUUGGCAGAUGGUGCAGAGGACUGCGCGGCAAGGAUAAUAUGGAACUCUUUCUAUACAGAUUUCAAACGAAAGCGGAAGGAAAUUUGCGGACUGGAUGAGGUAGUGAUAUUGCCCGAGGAAGAAUACGAGGAAUAA